AACCAAUGAGAAACCGCAAAAAUCGUAUUCCGAGAAGAGUUUCAUUGAUAAAUUUCGUCGUGCGACAACUAUUUCAAUGUUUGCAUUCGCGCCGACGCGCUUGCUUCAAAUGUUCAAAUGUUUACGCAUUCGAAAGUACCGCGCGCAAUUUAGGAUAUAGAAUUUCGUUGUUUAUCCUCGCGGCCGGCGUGUUUACGAUUCGCCGCGAACAUCACCCAACCACACACAUGAGACGCAAAAGUAGAUAAUAAACGCAGUGAGUCAAACAAUUUGCGCGUCGCGCGCGCGAGGCCGCGCACUGUCGCCGCGGUGCGUCUAGUCGCAAGUCCAUUCUCGCGGCGUGCCGACCAACCGUCCGGAAAACCAGGUUGUCGUGUUGCGCUCUCAAAAUUGGCCCUCCCCCCACGAGCGGAUGGCGGACCGUAUUGAGUGACGAGUCCCGACUCGGCCACGGCAAUUGCAGACGGCAUAGAAAAGAGCGGCGACGAAGACCUCGCCGGGGCGUCCAAGUCGACGUCGCAGGAGGCCAACGCCACCACCGUGAUACCCACGAGUCCUCAAUACGGCGUCGAAAUAAUCAGCAGCGCCGGCGACGAGGUCACCACCACAGCCAUCGACAGCGUCGUCGAGACGACGGCCAAGGGGCACCUUGCGGCGAACGUCGACGAGGGCAAGGAUAUGCAUUCGACGCCGAGCCGAAAUGACCGCUUCAAGGUGGUCAAAAUUGCUAGUUUGGAGCCAUUUCGGCGCGGGCGGUGGAAAUGUAUGGACUAUGUGGAUGAAAAUCCACCACAACCACAGCCGUCUGCGAAGCAAACGCAGUCAGCGACGAACAUUCAAAUGGGAGGAUCGCAGUACAUGCAGACACAGAGCCUACCACCGCAACACUUUCAACAAAUGCUGGUGCAAAGCGGGUUUGCAGGGUCGCCUGCAGCCGGGUUCUACCAAGGAAUGCCGAAUCAAAUGCUGCCCGGGCAGUAUUUCUACCCGCACGGCAAUGCGGUGAUCUCACAGCAGGUGCCGGUGCAAACUGGCAGUACCACCGGCAUGCAACAGUUUAUCAACGCCGCCGGCCAGCCGUAUUUCCCCGCAAAUGUACCGCCGCACGCCGCCAGCGCCGGCUUUACGUACUCUAACGUACAGUACGUCCAGCCGAAUCUCAUUCAGACACAGAGCUCUGCGUUUGUUCCCACCAGCCAGACAGCGAACUUCCAACAGAGUCAGACCUAUGCCGGCCAACCAACGACUGCUCAACAACAGCCGAUGGUAAAUGGUCAUGCUUUCCCGCCGGGCGGCGGGACGGAAUCACCUCAGGUGGUGGCCAGCCUGCCGACGCAAAUCGCCAAGAAUGUUAUUCUCCAACCUGCAAUCGCUUCGAUGAACCAGACGCCGCCCACGGUUGGGCAGAACAGUAUAAGCCAGCCAGCUCAGUACAACCCAGCCUACCAACCCGCAAGUCUACCCGCCAAUCAAACGCCUGCAGCCCAACUCACCAACAUCACAGCCGUCACGCAGGUGACGCAAGGUACGCCUAUCAUCACACCCGUGCCCGCCGCCGUACAGCCGUCGAGCCAGAUUACCAAUCCGGCCGCCGUCAGUCAGGCGGUAACGCUCACAGCUGCCAGCGCAUUCAAUCAAAUGCACAUUGCGCAGAUACCUAUACCCAUAGCGCACUCCGCCCCCGCAUCAUCGACGAAUCCGAUGUACGUAGCGCAAGGUGGUGUGCCUAAUGCUGACGAUGGACAAGGCGAUGUGGUAGGCGAGAGCAAAAAUCCCGACAAUCCUGAAGCCGGACAGCCAGGAGAAGAUCCGGCUAAAGCCAAUCCGGUCGUCAAUGCAAUUGAUAACAAAAUUGAACAGGCGAUGGAUUUGGUUAAGAGCCAUCUCAUGUACACGGUGCGCGAAGAGGUCGAGGUGCUUAAAGAGAAGAUUGUCGAACUCAUGGAGCGUAUUCAGCAGUUAGAGACAGAGAACGCGUACUUAAAACAGCAGGUACUGAAGGGGGCGGGCGCGCCACCACCGACGAACGGUACGACGACGAGCACGAAUGACGGCACGCCGGAUCCCACGUCUCAGACGCCCACGCAACAACCCCCAGCGCCGCAAUAGUCCGCGCAGCAGCUGCGCACGCUCCUCGGCCAUCUUUUCCAACAACAACAACCGCCACACAAACCACACGAGUUGCAGUGAUUGACUUUGACUUUGACCUUAGUGUAAGCGUACAAGCGGACAAUCGUUGUGUUUGUGCGGUAUGAGGGUGUGGGACGUCUCGAAGCGGCGGCCAUUUUGCACACGCACACUGCGCUGCGCAUACUUGGCUGACUUCUGGUUGGUGGUAAUCUCUCCCGAAAUGUAGCCAAACCGCUUCAUUUAAGCAACACACACACGCAAGAAUAUCUUGUAAAUUUGUAAUUAUAUUGUAAAAAAACAGAUAUCUUAUAUAUUAUUAACAGAUUACGCUAAAUAUUUAAAUUUACGAAGAGGCGGAAAACGGACGCGAUUGGUAAACAAAUUGAACUUAUACAUAGAUAAAGCCAAAUUUAUGAUUUGGUGCUAUUCAGAACUGUGAUUAUGUGCUCUUUUUAAUUGAUACUAUUGAUAAUACGAUAUAUUAAAAUUAAAAAAUGCGAUAACGAAAAACGCUGGAGACUAAGGGUGUUGUAAGAGAGAAACAAGUAAGAAAUUAAACGAAUGUACGAAGUACGACAGAGCUGAGCAAGCUGAAAAAAACACUAUCAUUUGCUGUAAACAAAAUUUUAAGCAAACAAAAGUUGAUGUAAUUUAUUCUUAUGCGCAGUCGCACGUAGCGAAAUCGAGGAAUGAUCUAGGCUCUAGAUGAUUUAGCGAAAUUUCAUUUUAAUAGUCAAUUGUAAUGAGCAAACUGCGCAUGCGCAGAAUGCAGUGCUUCUAAUCAAAUUGUUCUGCGCGAAGUCGCACCGUCAAAAAUUAAAAGAAAAAAAACUAGCCACUCACGCGUAUAGUAUAUUUUUUUAUUUAAUUUUAUUGUAUUCGAAUUUGUUCAUUUUUGUUUUAUCAAGAGAAGAAAAAAAAAACAAGCAUGCAAACAAAACAUCCACGCACCACAAGAAAAACAACACUAUGACUAAAUACUAAUGUAAAACUAAAUUAUUAUACACGAUGCGAUGAAUAAAGCGAAGGAAAACUUACAAUUCCUACGUCCUAACCCUA